UACUACUAGAAACGUUAGACUUGCCGGGCAUACGGUGAGAAUCUCAGCAUACAGAAGCAGUCAGUUUCGCUCUGGAUAUUUUACAACACCAAACCGCUCGGAUGUGCAAUAUGACUUUUGAAGAAACCAGUGGAGAGAAUUCUUCAGAAAGGAUGGAAUCGGUGCCUAAAGCAUUAGAGGAGGUCCUGAGCUCUGCAUUGCCUCAGGGUUGCAUCACCGUUGGAGUCUAUGAGGCAGCAAAAUCACUAAAUGCGGAUCCAGACAAUGUAGUGUUGUGUCUAUUGGCCACAGACGAUGAGGAGGAUGUGGCUCUCCAGAUUCAUUUCACCUUGAUCCAGGCAUUCUGCUGUGAGAAUGACAUCAACAUCCUGCGGGUGAGCAACAUGAGGCGUCUGGCAGAAAUACUCGGAGGAGUGAAAUCCGGAGGGGAGCCCAUUGACCUGCACUGUGUUUUAGUUACUAAUCCCCAGUCAUCACUGUGGAAGGACCCAGCACUAAGCAAAGUGACCAGAUUCUGCAGAGAAAGCCGUUGUUUGGAUCAGUGGGUGCCUGUUAUCAACCUGCCCGACCGAUGAAACUGCUUGGAAUAUUAAUGUUUUUUGUGCAUUGGGGAAAAAGUAACUGCACAAGGCCCGUGUUAAUGUCUGUGUUGGACUCCUUCGGAAAGUGCCCCAGAGAGAGAGAGAGAGAGAGAGAGACACAGGAGGGGCAGAAAAAAAGAACACAAGCAGCCAAAUGUUCCAACAAAUUUCCCAGGUCAUGGUGAACUCGUGUGCCAAGGAAGAGUGACUCAGCAGUCUGUGUUCCAGGAUUUCCAAUGUAUGACAGUGCCUUUCUCUGCCAAGAAAGAAGCCUUUACAGGAAACGUGAGCAGACAAGCACACGUGAUGGUGAGCACAAGCCAGGACUGGGUCAAAGUAGACAGAGAGCCUCGGUUGACAAGACUCCAAAAACUGGACCAUGCUGGAGUGGACCAGUCAUAGCUCUCAGCUUGAAGAAUUCCUCAUGAAAAUUCGACCAAAUCCUAGCAUUUCUUCAACAGCACAUGUAUGUAAUCGUAUUCAAGACUUCAUGUCACUUUGAUAAUUUAAAAGGGAAAGUUUUCAGUUUAUUGUUAUUAUUUUAAGGGCAAUGCAAUGUUUAGAUUUGUCCACUAACUAUUGCGUUGAUGUGUUAUUAAUUUAAUGAAUCUAUUUAUUGUGCAUAGUUCAUUGAAUUCUGCCUUGUUAAAUUUAAUGAAAUAAACAAACAACCAACAGUUUA